AUGCCAGCAGCACCCCAACGCACGAGCUACGCAUCACACCCAGUCUCCAUCCCGGCCGGCUUCCUCGAGGACGCGCCCGCCAAGCCCGUCACCGUAACGCCCAUACGAUGGAGUCCUGCCCUGCCAGAGUACGAGGGCGCCGUCGCAGCCGUGCUGGACAAUGUCCUGUCCCCCGAGGAAUGCGCCCAGCUCCUCUGCCUGGCCGAAUCGAGCGUUGUGCUCGAGAAGGGGGCCGCUUCUCCCUGGAGGCCCGCGCUCGUGAGCGCCGGCGCGGGGUGGGAAGUUCCCAUCUUUGAUUACAGAAACAGCGACAGGAUCGUCUGGGACCAGCAGACCAUCGUCAACAGGUUGUGGGAUCGAUGUAGACAGGGUCGUGGCGUGGAGGCCCUGUUCGGCAGGACGCCUGCGGACAGAGAGAGGGGCCAUCUUUCCGGGAGGUGGGUGUUUGAGCGCGUGAAUGAGAGGAUGAGGUUCCUCAAGUACUCGCCGGGUCAGUUCUUUAGACCGCAUUGCGACGGACCGUAUUACCAUAGGGAUGAAAGUGGCAGCGAGAUGCGAACCCACUACACGGUGCAUCUGUAUCUGAAUGACUCGGCCCAAGCGUCCGCCGCUGGAACGGGUCAUGUUGGAGGCGCGACGUCGUUUCUUUCCCGGGAUGAGAGCAGGCGUCUCGAUGUCCAUCCCAAGGCGGGGAGUGUCUUGAUCUUCCAACACGGGAAGCUGUACCACGAGGGUGCAGAGGUCACAAGUGGUGUCAAGUAUACCAUGAGGACAGAUAUCCUGUAUCGCUGGGUGGACAGGGAGGGGGGGGACAAGUAG